AUGAAGGAUUCCUGGUGCGCGAAGAGUAUCGCAGCAAAUGAAGAUCUAAACUCGUCGGAUGAACAACAAGGCCAACAAGAGUCGGGUCAAAGUGCUGCCGUCGCUCCAGUUGGACAUGCAGGUAUAUCAUACACAUCUCAAUAUACGAGUACUUUUGGCUGCUUUAACAUUCUUCCUAAUUGCAUUAAAGAAUUCAGAAUGAGAAUCGAAAACCAGAUAUAA